GUUUCGCGAGGACUCUGGGUCGCGUCUAGGAGGAAGUGCGUUUCCGCUUCUGCAUUCCGCUUUUUGGAGCUGAGCGUCCUAACCCCGCAGACAUGUCGGGGUUCAGCCCGGAGCUCAUCGACUACCUGGAAGGGAGAAUCUCCUUUGAGGAGUUCGAAAGGAGGCGAGAAGAGAGAAAGGCACACGAGAAGAAAACUCUUCAAGAAAAAGGAAAGUUGGCAGUUGAAGAAAAUCCAAAUGACUCUGAAAUUCCAUCAUCAUCAGGAAUUGACUCUACCAAAUUCCAGGAUAAAGAUGUCAAUGAAGGAGAAACUUCAGAUGGAGUCAGUAAGUCAGUUCACAAGGUCUUUGCUUCCAUGCUUGGAGAGAAUGAAGAUGAUGAGGAAGAAGAAGAGGAGGAGGAGGACGAGGAGGAGGAAGAAACACCUGAGCAGCCCACUGCAGGCGAUGUGUUUGUAUUAGAGAUGGUUCUCAAUCGUGAAACCAAGAAAAUGAUGAAAGAGAAAAGGCCUCGGAGUAAACUUCCCAGAGCUCUCAGAGGCCUCAUGGGUGAAGCCAACAUUCGCUUUGCUCGAGGAGAACAUGAGGAGGCAAUAUUGAUGUGCAUGGAAAUCAUAAGACAAGCUCCUCUGGCUAAUGAGCCAUUCUCUACUCUUGCUGUGAUAUAUGAGGACCAAGGUGACAUGGAGAAAUCACUGCAGUUCGAUUUGAUUAGUGCACAUUUAAAUCCCAGUGAUACUGAUAAAUGGGUCAGAUUGGCAGAAACAUCUCUGGAACAAGACAAUAUUAAGCAGGCUAUUUUUUGCUACACGAAAGCUCUUAAAUAUGAACCCACUAAUGUCCGCUAUUUGUGGGUGCGAUCAAGCCUUUAUGAACAGAUGGGAGAUCAUAAAAUGGCAAUGGAUGGUUAUAGGCGUAUUUUGAACCUUUUGUCUCCAUCUGAUGAACGUUUUAUGCAGUUGGCCAGAGAUAUGGCAAAGAGUUACUAUGAAGCCAAUGAUGUUACUUCAGCUAUUAACAUUAUUGAAGAAGCUUUCUCAAAACACCAGGGUUUAGUCUCCAUGGAAGAUGUUAAUAUAGCAGCUGAACUAUACAUUUCUAACAAACAAUAUGACAAAGCUUUGGAGGUAAUUACAGAUUUUUCUGGAAUUGUGCUGGAAAAAGAUACAGAAGAAAGCACUUUGGAAGAGCACAAAGAUGGUGAAAAUGUUACCUGCUCUAUACCUGAUAGCGUGCCAAUAGAUAUCACGGUGAAGUUGAUGGUCUGCCUUGUACAUCUUAACAUCCUGGAGCCACUUAAUCCUCUGCUGACAACACUAGUGGAACAGAAUCCUGAAGAUAUGGGAGACCUCUAUCUAGAUGUUGCUGAAGCUUUUCUGGAUGUUGGUGAAUAUAAUUCUGCACUCCCCCUCCUCAGCGCAUUAGUCUGCUCUGAAAGAUACAACCUUGCAGUAGUUUGGCUUCGGCAUGCAGAAUGUUUAAAGGCCUUAGGUUAUAUGGAACGUGCUGCUGAAAGCUAUGGCAAAGUAGUCGAUCUGGCCCCCCUCCAUUUGGAUGCAAGAAUUUCACUCUCUACUCUUCAGCAACAGCUGGGUCGUCCAGAGAAAGCUCUGGAAGCUCUGGAACCAAUGUAUGAUCCAGAUACUUUAGCACAAGAUGCAAAUGCUGCACAGCAGGAACUGAAGUUGUUGCUUCAUCGUUCUACUCUAUUGUUUUCACAAGGCAAAAUGUAUGGUUAUGUGGAUACCUUACUUACCAUGUUAGCCAUGCUUUUAAAGGUAGCAAUGAAUAGAGCCCAGGUCUGUUUGAUAUCCAGUUCCAAAUCUGGAGAGAGGCAUCUCUACCUUGUUAAAGUGUCAAGAGACAAAAUAUCAGAUAACAAUGACCAAGAAACAGCAAACUGUGACGCAAAAGCAAUAUUUGCUGUACUCACAAGUGUCUUGACAAAAGAUGAUUGGUGGAAUCUUCUGUUGAAGGCCAUAUAUUCGUUAUGUGACCUGUCCCGAUUUCAGGAGGCUGAAUUACUUGUGGAUUCUUCAUUAGAAUAUUACUCAUUUUAUGAUGACAGGCAAAAACGCAAAGAACUGGAAUACUUUGGUCUCUCUGCUGCAAUUCUGGACAAAAAUUUCAGAAAGGCAUAUAACUAUAUCAGGAUAAUGGUGAUGGAAAAUGUGAAUAGACCCCAGCUCUGGAACAUUUUCAAUCAAGUUACCAUGCACUCCCAAGAUGUGCGACAUCAUCGUUUCUGUCUCCGUUUAAUGCUGAAAAACCCAGAUAAUCAUGCCCUGUGUGUCUUAAAUGGGCACAAUGCUUUUGUGUCUGGUAGUUUUAAGCAUGCCCUCGGACAGUAUGUGCAAGCCUUUCGCAGCUAUCCCUAUGACCCUCUCUAUAGCCUCUGUAUAGGCCUGACCUUUAUUCACAUGGCAUCUCAGAAGUAUGUAUUAAGGAGACAUGCCCUUGUCGUGCAGGGCUUUUCCUUUCUUAAUCGCUACCUCAGUCUACGUGGCCCUUGCCAGGAAUCCUUCUACAAUUUGGGCCGUGGCCUUCACCAACUGGGACUGAUUCAUCUUGCAAUCCACUAUUAUCAGAAGGCUUUGGAGCUCCCUCCACUAGUGGUAGAGGGUAUGGAAAUUGAUCAGUUAGACUUACGAAGAGAUAUUGCCUACAAUUUGUCUCUUAUUUAUCAGAGCAGUGGGAAUAUUGGAAUGGCUCAAAAGCUUUUGUAUACCUACUGUUCUAUAUAAAACACCUCAACUGGAAAAGGAGCAUUGAGUAGCUGCUGUGUGUGGACCAAGAAUCUCUGUCUCUGUGUAUUUUAUUUUUAAUAUGUUACAAUGAUCUUUUGGUUGAUACACAAAUAUAUCAUUCCUACAAAAUUUAUGUAUUGUCUUGCCAUUUUCCUUUAGCAUUUUUUAGUGAACUUGCCCCCAAAGCUGAAAUGAACAGUAUUAGAUUUAUUGUCAGCUUGGCGUUGAAUACACUAAUGUUUUCCUUAAGCCAUUUAUUCAUCUGUGUGUUUUAUACUAUAUAUUAAACACCCUUGGUUUACUAGGCACUAUGAUAGGUGCUUAGAAUACAGAAGUAAAAGAGAUGUGACCACUUAAUACAAGUAUUUACUUCAAGGAAAUUUUUGCUAUAUUUCUAUAUACAUACAUCAUCAUCGUCAGUUGUUGCAGUGUUGGUGUUCUGGACCCAAUUCCCACUGUAUGUGUGGGUGCUGAGGCUUCCCCACCCCAACCAGCAAGUCUUAGAUACCGGUGGAGUGUUCAAGAAUUCAUCUCAAUUCUGACACUGUCUAUAAAGACAUAUCAGGUUCCACGGAUUAAGGGCUCAGUCUCACAAGACCACCCUGUCCUUUAAGAUUCUGGCUGCAAAUUGUAGGCAAGGCCAUCCUUCUGAUCCACUCACUACAGAUCAGAAGUCCCCAUAACCCUCCUUAAACUUCAGAUGCCGUUUGCAAGCUCAAACUGGCUAUAAAUCAGAGGUUCCCAGGAUGCCCUCCUUAGGUUCAGUUAAUUUGCUAGAAUAGCUCACAGAACUGAGGAAACCUAUUUACUCACUGAAUCACCAAUUUAUAUUGGAUACUAAAGGAUAUGAACCAACACAAGCCAGAUGGGAGAGAUGUGUAGGGCAAGGUGUGGGGAAAAGGCUCAGAGUUUCCAUGUCCUUUCUAGGGGCACCAGUCUCCCCAAAUCUUUACAUAUUCACCAACCUGGAAACUCUCAAACCAACCCCCCUCUUGAGUAUUUAUUGAGGCUUCAUUACAUAGUGGGACUGGAAGUUCCACCUUCUAUUCAAGUUGGUUUCCCUGGUAACUAAUCCCAUCCUUGGGUAGAAUCCAAAGUUACCUUCAUGAACAUAGCAAAAGACAAUUUUAUCAUAACACUUAGGACAGUCCCAGGGGAGUUGUGAGAUAAGAACUGUGAAUGAAGAUGAAAUAUGUAUGAGAAAUAUAUAUUUUGGUCAUUUGAAUGGCAGAAUAUGUUUUUUGUAAAUCACAUUAUUGCAGUCAUCCAUGUCUCAGUGCCCUAUCACUAUUGUAUGGACUUGUUUUUCAGAUAUAGAGAAAAGAAGAUUGCUUAUUAAAGGGCACAAAUCAGAACUUUUUCUUAUGUCCGCACAGUUAUGUAAUUCACCUAGCUCCUAACAGAAUUACUUAGAAUCAUUAUAUAGUGAAAAGCAAAUAAUUGAUAACAUCUUUUACUUUUCACCUGCAUGUAUUUCAGCUAGAUAGACCGAGACCUGGGGGUCUGGGCUUAAUUCAGAACAUCUUGCUCCAAGGCAAAAAAAGUAUUAACAAUGUUUCUGACUUUCUGACAACAAAAUAGAAAAGAGGACCAUGCUCUGUAACAUGAUUUGCUCUCCAUUUCAGGACCACUAGGAAUGUAGGCUAGACUGGGGAAUUGUAGAUAUGGAAUAAAGUCUUGCUGAUGAAGUUUAAAAAAAAAAACAAAAAACAGUAACCCCUUACCUUGAAUAUUUUCUCUUUGUAUAAUUAAUAUAACAACAUUUGCUAGAUAUGCUAUUGUUUAGUAACAGCUUUUUAGAGUUCUUUUUUAGGGGAAAAUAAAUGAUAAAAUAAGUGUACAUAAGGAUUCUAAGAUCCAGUCUAAUUGUGGGAGGGAAGCAAGUAUGAGAUUAGGGUCAGAGAAAUAGAAAGGGGCUUUUAGUAAUUCUUUUUUUUUUUUUUUAAGAUUUAUUUAUUCAUACAAGAACCGGGGUACAGGCCAGAUUCGUGGGAGGGUGAGAGGACUCACCAGAGACAGAGUGGGGAGUAGUACAGGCAGACUGACGAAAUACACUGCUGAGGGGAGCAGCAGGCUUGAGACAGGAGAGGUCUGCUGCGCCAUGUGGGACCCUCUCAGGCCGGCCGGGAUUACACUGGCGCUACAGAGUCUGCGGACGGCUUCACAGUGCGGGGCUCAGGGAGGCCCAUUUUUAGGAAUUCUUAACUAUUUUUUUAUACUGUAUAUAUAACUUUCUAGUUGAGAAGCAGAAUUAUGUGAUAAGUAAUUUGUCCACUCCGUGUGUUUCUGGGUAUACAUGUAUAUAUACAAUAUAAAUAAAAUUUAUAUUCAAAUUG